UUUGGAGGCAGACACUGUCACCACUGCGCUUCUGUACCAACUGUUGCGUCUAGGGUUAGGUUUUCUCACGGUCCCAACAAUGGAGCUCGAUCGAUGCAAGGACGACGACGACGAUGGGGGAGGAGAUGGAGUCCUCCUCUACUACAAGUUCUUCUCCGUCCCCGAUCUCCCCUCCCUCGUCCGCUUCUACGACUCCAAUUGCCGAUCCCUCGCCCUCCUCGGCCGCGUCCGCAUCGCCCCCGACGGGGUCAACGCCACCGUUGGUGGGAAGAUGAAAUCGUUGGAGAAGCACAUUGCGGAGAUGAGAUCGAACGCGUUCUUUGAUCGAACGGACUUCAAGUUGGCGUCUUGCGAGCACCCAAAGGAUGAGAGGGUUGCGAGGGAGUGCGGAUUCACUUCGCUCUCCAUUCGCGUCGUAAAGGAGCUGGUUACUUUCAGAUCUAAUCCAUUGUCAAAAUCUCCAGAAAUUUCGAACGCCGGAAGACAUUUAUCAGCAGCUGAGUUUCACCGUGUCCUUCAUGAUGUCGGAGCUAGUUUGGAUUCUGAGGCUUCUCUUCUAAAGAAUCAGGUAGUAUUGUUGGAUGCAAGAAAUGUAUAUGAGACGAGGAUUGGGAAGUUUCAGACGCCAAAUGCAAAGACAUUGGACCCAGAGAUAAGGCAAUAUAGUGACCUCCCUUCGUGGAUAGAUGAGCACUCAGGACAGUUGCGUGGGAAAUCAAUUCUCAUGUACUGUACCGGAGGUAUAAGAUGUGAAAUGGCCUCUUCCUAUAUCCGCUCUAAAGGAGAAGGUUUUGAGAAUGUGUUUCAAUUAUUUGGUGGAAUUCAGAGAUAUUUGGAGCAAUUUCCAGAUGGCGGAUAUUUCAAAGGAAAGAACUUUGUUUUUGAUCACAGGAUUUCGGUUGGAAGCCUGGAUGGAAAUGUACUUGGUAGUUGUUUAAUGUGUGGCUCGUCCUUCGACGAUUAUUCAUCUCGUUGCCGGUGCACUCAUUGCAGGAUGUUGGUUUUAGUAUGUUCUGAUUGCCAGGGUAAGUUUAGCGACGAAUAUAUUUGUGAGCUCUGUCAGAAAAAAGACAAGGGAAGCUGGACGAAGCCGUCGAGUAAGGACUCGCCAUUCCAUUUAGAACUAUCACCUGAUUCAUCAGAAGCUAUCGAGAUUGAAAAAACCACGUCUGCCUGCCACGCUGCACCUGUAUCUGAACUUCCCCGGAGUUAUGAUUGCAAGAACCCGAGAAAGUUGAGAAUCCUAUGCCUGCACGGUUUCCGACAGAGCGGAUCGAACUUCAAGGGAAGAACAUCGUCACUCGCUAAGAAGCUCAAGAACGCCGUCGAGUUCGUCUUCAUAGACGCCCCUCAUGAGCUCCCUUUCAUUUACCAGCCAAACUGCAGUAAACCUCCGAACGAAAACCCCAAAACGAGAUUCGCUUGGCUUGUUGCUCCAAACUCAAACUGCUCGCCCGAGAAAGACUGGAAAAUCGCAGCAGCAGCGUUCGACCCUCUUCAGUAUCGGCAGCAAACCGGAGGCUUCGCAGAAUCUUAUGAUCAUAUUGAGAAAACAAUUUCAAAGAUGGGUAGGUUCGACGGUAUUCUUGGAUUCUCGCAAGGAGCAGCAAUGGCUGCAUUAUUCUGCGAAAAGCAGCAGAGAUUAUACGGCGCUAUUUGUUUUGAGUUCGGGAUAUUUUGCUCGGGAUAUUCGGUCUCAUCGAGCAAUUUUGAUGGCGAUUUAGUUAAGCUUCCUUCUCUACAUUGUUUCGGUAACGGCGGGGGACAAGAUCGGCAGAUAGAUAACCGAGCAAUCGUCGUCGAGCACGAAAUGGGUCACAUUAUACCGACGCGGCCUCCGCACAUUGAUCGAAUGAAGGAAUUUCUCUUGCAAUUCCUGUGAAUUUGUAGGAAACUAAUCCGAUUUUGUUGUACCCUAAUUUGAAAUGAUUUAUGAUGAAAUGUUCAUGGGAUCUUUGCUUUCAUUUUGUUCUGUAUGCUGCAUACUACUGAUUUUGUUGUGUACCCUAAUUAGUAUCUUCAUCAGAGAAUAAUAACAACCUUUUAAACUA